AUGGCACCCGCAGAGCCCAACCACAAGCCUUUCGAGGUACAAGGCGAGUUGCCAGUAUUUGAAGAGGAGCUUGAAGGAUGGAAGGGCUACAUCGAGUGGGAAAGAUAUCCAGAGAAAAAGAAGAGAGCAGCAGAGAUCAUGGCGAAAUAUGAUUUCCCUGUGCCUCCGGAGUUUCAGAUGGAACCGUUGCCCAAGACUAACCCUAUCUUGGAAGGAGUACGUUGGAAACACUAUCAUUAUGCCAUGGGGCCAACCCUAAGCAACGUGCCGGAUAUUUCAUGGGAGUAUGUCAAGAAGGAAAAAAGCGAGGACAUGAUCCAUGUCUUACAGUUCCCCUAUAACGGUGAACCACCAAGGAAACGGCUAGUUGAGACUGAGAUCACCAAUAACCCCGAUUUCUUCGUCCGUAACCAUGGCGGUAUCCCAGAGAUCGACCCCAGCAAAUACUUCUUCGAGGUCGAAGGUCUGGUCAACAACCCCAAGAAGAUCACUCUCGAUAUGCUCAAAGACGAAUCCAUCUUCCCCCGUCAAUCUACAGUUGCUACACUGCAAUGUUCUGGCACCCGCCGUAUUGAGCAAAUUCACGAAUACCCUGGUGACGGCGACGAGCUCAUCAAUGCACCCUGGGGUGAAGGCGCCAUCGGUACCGCCCGCUGGACCGGUGUGUCCCUCAAGAAGGUCAUCAAGUACUGCGGUGGACUGAAGGAGGGUGGUUCGCAUCUUGAGUUCUUCGGUGCAGAUACGUACUUCAAGAAGGGCGAGGUGUACAACUACGCGGUCUCUGCGCCUGUCCGAAAGAUGAAGAUCAACGAGAUAUUACUGGCGUGGGAGAUGAACGGCGAGCCCCUCCCUGCGAUUCACGGCGCACCGCUUCGUGUUGUGGUUAUGGGCUACAUUGGCGCUCGUUCCUGCAAGUGGCUCACGCGCAUCAAUGUCAUCGAUGCGCCUUCGAUGGCCCCUGUGCAGAUGAAAGAGUACCUCUACUACAACCCCCAGAUGGGCAAGCAGAACGUGACAUACAGCAACGGUUUCAGUAUCCAGACCAUGCCUGUCUCGUCUGCAAUCAUGACGCCAGUGAACAACGACGUCAUCAUUCAUGACGGCAAAAUCACAUUCACCGGCUGGGCUUACAGUGGCAGUGGAUGGCCGGAGCGUGUCGAAGUCAGUAAUGACGGCGGAGGCGUAUGGUACGAAGUACCCAAUGAGAAGUUGAGUAAGAAGUACUUCCACGCCUGGAGAACAUGGUCCUUCGAAUGUCCAGUCGAUGCAGAAGGAUGGUUAGAGUUCUGCGUCAGAUGUUGGGACGAUGCAUUGAAUACCCAACCCACAUAUGUCCGCAGCGCAUGGAACUGGGAUCUUCACGUUACGUCUUCGUGCCAUCGCGUCAAGUUGUACAGCGUCAAUAAGUCGAAGCCGAUGACUGCUAAGCGACUGAAGCAGUUCGAGGAUCGAGGCUUGCCUUUCUUGCCGCUUACGCGCCCUGUGCCUUUCGACCUUGAGUCGGACGAGGAGUACCUCAGGGAGAUGUCCAGACGUGACGGUCGCGAUCCUGAAGAAUAGUCACUGCUAGGAUCGAAGGUCGACGAAAUCCACUUUAAUCUUGGUAGCAUUUAGUAUCAUAUGA